CCAGCCCUCCCUGCUAUCACUCCCACCUCCUCUACCUCCCUCCUCCGAAGUCAAACGCUAGUAACACCGGUAAGGUUAGCUAUUGUCGGUCUGCCAGCCAAAGACACACACAGUAAAGGCUUUGAUUUCACACUCAACACACCGGGAGAGAUAACGGAAACGGCUCUAUAUGUGGUAUCCCCUAACUUGAACUAUCUCCAACUACAAGCAAGACAAGUGGACCAAGCACAAACAGACUACCUAAUCCCACUUGGACGGCAACACACUACUGUGACAAUCGGACCACCGUGGGACCAGCCAACAGACAGAUUGACACUUUGACCAGCCAGGGCUUCAGAUAAAUGGCUGACAAGCAGAUCAGUUUGCCUGCCAAAUUGAUCAAUGGGGGGAUCGCUGGCCUAAUUGGAGUGACCUGUGUGUUUCCCAUUGACCUGGCCAAGACUCGCUUGCAAAACCAGCAAAAUGGAUCUCGCCUUUACACCAGCAUGUCAGAUUGCCUUAUUAAGACCAUCCGAUCAGAUGGGUAUUUUGGGAUGUACCGAGGAGCGGCGGUGAAUUUAACACUAGUCACGCCAGAGAAAGCCAUCAAAUUGGCUGCCAACGACUUCUUCAGGCAACACCUCUCCAAGGAUGGAAAACUCACUCUGGUCAAGGAGAUGCUGGCUGGGUGCGGGGCGGGUACAUGCCAGGUUAUUGUCACAACUCCUAUGGAGAUGCUGAAAAUCCAACUCCAAGAUGCUGGACGAAUUGAGGCUCAGAGGAAGCUGAUGCCUGAGACGGUGGCAGCAGGUACUGUGGCGACCAAGUCCCCAACAGCCAUUCAGCUCACCAGAGAACUAUUUAGGGAAAAGGGCAUCGCUGGUCUGUAUAAGGGCCUUGGUGCCACACUGCUCAGGGAUGUUCCCUUCUCCAUCAUCUAUUUCCCGCUUUUCGCAAACCUGAACAACCUGGGAAAACGAGGCGCAGAAGGACCUGCUCCUUUCUACGUUUCCUUUAUAUCAGGCUGCCUUGCAGGAAGCACAGCGGCUGUUGCUGUCAACCCUGUCGAUGUGAUAAAGACUAGACUGCAGUCGCUGAACCGAGGGAGCACAGAAGACACGUACAGUGGAGUGACUGACUGUAUCAGGAAAAUACUGAAAAAUGAGGGUCCGUCUGCCUUCCUGAAGGGGGCCUAUUGUCGAGCCUUGGUCAUCGCACCGCUGUUUGGCAUCGCCCAGGUGAUCUACUUCCUGGGUGUGGGUGAAAUGAUCCUCAGCUAUUUGCCUAAAAGAGACAAAUAAGAAGCACCUCCUUUCUGCCUUUCCCUCCCACAAUGCAUCACACCACUUUGUGUGGGUUCAUCUCAUUCUGAAAGAAAUCUUCAAUUGGUCUCAGUAUGACCAAUCAAUACAUGUUGUUUUGAAUUUGUUGUGUUGAAUGUCUAAGUAGUUUAAGGAGGGAGCCUUUGUUUGCCAAGCUGCCUGUGGUGGCACACACAAAUCCAGUAGGCAUGCUAAGCUAGCACUCUGGAAAUGAAGCCACAUAUCAGUUAAGGUUUUAAUGGAAUAUUGCUUUAAUUACUGCAUUUUAUUGCAUUUUUGAAUAUGAUUGUCGAAUUUUCAAAGUAAAUGUACUGCCCUAGGUUGCUGCAGCUCUGCAAGCCCAACACUAACUCAUUUAAAACAGCAUUAGUCUGUAGAGAAAACAAUAGGGAAACAUUGAAAAUGAUACAACAUAACUAGCUACGGUAAUUUAAGUGCACGUACUUUACUUAGAAAUAUAUUUGAAAACAUCAGAAUAAUAGAAAAUUUAACAAAAAUUCCCCCAAAAAAUAGUAUAUAUAUAUAGAAUUAGAAAAUAUAGGCCUCUGUUUCAGGCAAAGACCUAGGGAAUGUGUUGAUGUGAUGCCAGCACACCCCCUAUGAUCUUUCCUGAAGAACCACAUCCCUUCCUGUAAGUGGUUAUAAUGAACUCAGCCUUUCAGCUCCGAGCAGGCUUUGAUAGCCUUGGCUUUUUAAGUAGAUCAGGUUCCAUCUGAUAUUUAGUGCUACCACAAUGGUUUGACUGUUUUGCCUCUGUGAAAAAGAUAUCUCCUGUUUUGUAGUCCAACCCUAGACUGAAGUCUCAGUGUACAGCGUUUGGACCUUAUGCACUACUAACCUGCACGUACACAUUGUUAAAAAAACUGCCUAUAAGGUUAUUUCUAUUGUGUGUUGUAUUUGUUGCCACACCUCAACCAGUGAUGACACAGCGGGGUCUAUGCCUUCGAGGGGUGAUGAAAAAUCACCUGCUGUGACAUCACUGAUUGGAUUGUGGCCAAAAUGCUGUGCGCUUUUAAAAUUUCAGUCCACAGAGAGCUGAACGACCGCUGUUUUAUGCCUGUGUGAUUCUUGGUGGGCAUGAAUGAAAGCAGUGAACACUAAAUGGGUUGAGAGUAAUUUCAGUAGAAUAAUAUCCAGAUUAUUAGUGGCCAUUUAGUAAUUAUGCUGACAAACGGUCAGACAUCACAUGCCGAGUACAGUCAUCCAUUGUGGAGCCAGUUACUACAGUAAGAGCAGUUCAAACCCCUAGAGCCAGACAUAAUUAAUAUUGUUUACAAAUCAUUACAUUACAUUUACAUUCUUUGAAUUCAGUGGCAGGACCCAAAGAGCUAAUGAUGAACUUUCAUUUAUCAGAAAAUUAAACCAAUGUGUUUUCAGUGUUUUAUGAUUUUGACCAAACAUUUCAACUUGUUUGCUUUAGAGGUUUUGUUUGCUUUAAGCUGCCAUGGGAAGCAGCCAUGUCCUAUCUUGUUUAUGCAUCACAACACUGAAGCCCUGCCAUUGGUUUAUCCCUCCGGAGAUCAAGGUGACUUUGAUGUGAAUUAUCCAAUCACAUUCCUUCCUCACUCCCACUGUUUAAGCAGCUCGUCAACUGUGCUGUUGCACUGUAGAAACGGGAUGCAACUCUAAUGUAUUAUCAUUUGUGGGAGUGAGAUCUGUUUAUCAAUAUCCCUUUCGAUAGGCAGUAUAGCACUAUAUAUUUGUAUGUGUUGUUUUUUCUGUGUCAAAGUGUCCACCUUAACUUUAUUGUACAUAUCCAGAUGAUAUGAACUCUAUGUUUUAGGAUUUAUUGUUUGUUUUGUACAUGAUGGCUUAUUUGCACACCUACCUCUCCAAAUCCCCCCUAAAUCCAUAUUGUGGUGAUUUUAUUUUACGAUGGUGUGGACAUAUCAAAUGAAGAAAAAUGUUUUAAUGCAACAAGCGUAAUUUCAACUUUAAUGCAGCACAUUGAUAAAUGUUUUUUACUGGAAGAAAAGGGGAACACUGGGUAGAUCAAGGAUGGUUUUUAGGAGGGUCAGCCUAUUGUCUUGUUUCCUACAGUUUUAUCAACUAGGACCAAACGGAGCAUCAUUUAAGGAUGAUAGGAAUUUAUUUAGUUUGAAGUGAAUGACCUCUAGCACUACUCAAACAGUUCUGAAAGGGAAAUAGGGACCUGCUGACAUAGGACUGUAAAUUUAACAUCUGUGAAUGGUGCUUUUUUCACGUGGUAGCUGCAAUAGGACAUUGAUGGCACCAACGACCAAGGCUGUCACAUGCUAGCUAGCGUUACCAAUGUCUUUACUGAAAGCCAUAGGUCAGGGAGGGACAUCAGAACUGCUAGACAUGGACUGGUGCCUCCAGCCGUGUUUACAGAUGACAGCUGAGCCACAGGAAAACGGCAAAAAGAUCUGCAGCUCAUGUGAGCUCGUCUUUAUAAAUUACUGUUGUAGAUUUUCAACAUUCCUAUUGCCAGUUCAUCUCAUAAAUGCUGAUAUUGUGAUCAGAAUGCCUAUUUUUUGUGUUUUUGAGAUUAUUGUUAUGGUUUUUGAACCUCCCUCAAUCCUUUCUAACUGCCCUGUUUGUUUGUUUUUUGGUUAAAUCUUGAAAAUGUUAAUGUACAAGUUAUUUUCUUUUACUCAGAUGUGAGUUUUCACUGACCUUGUGCAUUUGGUUUUGUAUGUGCGUGUGUGUGUCUGACUGUGUAGUGCUGUAGUCGAUGUGUAGUUGUUAGUGUGACACCGCGGUAUUUUUCUCUUUGAUUGUAAGUCCCAUGCUUUCGCUCCUCUUUCCUUCUAUCUUUCACACUCCUCUGCCAUCUACUCUCAGCAGUAUCCACAGCUGCAGGUAUAGGCAGAGGAGCUCUAAUACACCAAAUGUAUGACUAAGAGUGUAAACAAUCAAAGGAAAGCACACAGAAAUAUUAGGCACAAGAAACCACAUGGCCCUCUUUAGAGAUAAUCAGACAAAGUCCUUGGAAAACAAUGUGCUGCCUUUGCAGACCUGGAUUAAAGUCUGAUUUAUUUCAGUGGCGAUGUCGAUUGAGAUUAACUUUGUAGUCUUGUAAGAAAGUUUAUCUAUGUCUGUAAAACUUGAUCUAUAGGGCUGAGACAACGGUCAUUAUAUUAGACCCAUGUGAUGGUGUCCACUAUGUCAGCCAUCAGCAGUUACUCACAAAAUGUAUAUCGCCUACAUAUUCUAAAUGAAUCAGAUAUAAGAAUGUAUCUUAGAUAUUAUGAGAUGUAUUAUAAUUAUAGUGAAGAGUUUAUUACAUUUUAAUUGAAAGACUUGUGCUUUACAUAUUCACUGAUAAAAAAAUCACGAACCAGCUCACUGAUAUGCAAUAAGUAGAGUCAACACACAAACACACACUUGAAAAAAAUAUAUAUACACAAAGUAAAACACAAUGUAUGAUGCAAGUGGCGACCCAGAAGGCCUUCUGGGGUCUCCUCUCAGCCUCUGUUGUCUUCCUCCAAGAGGAAUUGUGCAUUAUUGCACUUUAAAAUAUGAAGGACCUUCACCGUAUUCUCCAUCUACUAUGUCUCUCUCUGUGGCAAAGAGGGUGUUUAUGAAAUGUUUGGUGAAUGACACAUUUGUCCAAGGCAUUGUUGACAAUGCAAUUGAAAAUAAAUAAAUAUUGUGUUCCCUGUCACAAUUUGCUGUUCAAUAAACUGACUGUCCUAAAAUUGCCUGA